AUGUCCGACACCGAGCAAGUUAUGGAGACGGAGGAGGUCGCCACCGAGACCACCCCCGCUGCCGAGCCCGCCGUCCCCGAGAAGAUGGACGUCCUCACCGCCCUCAAGGAGGUGCUCAAGACUGCGCUGGUCAACGAUGCCCUCGCUCGUGGUCUCCACGAGUGUGCCAAGGUGCUCGACAGGAGGCAGGCCCACUUCUGCGCCCUCGCUGCCAACUGCACUGAGCCCGCCUACAUCAAGCUCGUGGAGGCCCUCUGCCUGGAGCACAACAUCAACCUCAUCAAGGUCCCUGACUCCAAGCAGCUUGGCGAGUGGGCUGGUCUCUGCAAGAUCGACAAUGAGGGUCACCCCCGCAAGGUCGUCGCUUGCUCGUGCGUGGUGGUCACUUCCGAGUUCAAGAAGCUCUCGCCCGCCUUCGAGAUCCUGCUUGAGCACUUCCGCACCAACAAGGCUUAA